CGCUCUAGCUUCGGACCAACCUUCUUUAUUGUGGUUUCUCUCGGACUUUUUGGUGCAGCCAAACACAAUAAACAGCCAUGGAUGCCAUUAAGAAGAAGAUGCAAAUGCUUAAGCUCGACAAGGAGAAUGCCUUGGACAGAGCUGAGCAGGCUGAGGCAGAUAAGAAGGCAGCAGAGGACAGGAGCAAACAGUUAGAGGACGAGAUAAGAGAGGUGGAAAAGAAUUUGCGUGUAACUGAGGACCACAGAGACAGAGUGCUUGACGAGUUCCAAAAGGCUGAGGAUAAAUUGAUCGAGGCCGACAAAACCGCCACAAAGCUCGAGGACGACUUGGUAGCUCUGCAGAAGAAGCUGAAGGCAACUGAGGAUGAGUUGGACAAGUAUUCUGAGGCUCUUAAAGAAGCCCAGGAGAAACUGGAAUUGGCUGAGAAGACAGCCACAGAUGCUGAGGGUGAGGUCGCUUCCCUGAACAGACGUAUCCAGCUGGUUGAGGAGGAGUUGGACCGUGCCCAGGAGCGUCUGGCCACUGCCCUUCAGAAGCUGGAGGAGGCUGAGAAGGCUGCUGAUGAGAGUGAGAGAGGCAUGAAGGUCGUUGAGAGCAGGGCCAUGAAGGAUGAGGAGAAGAUGGAGCUGCAGGAGAUCCAGCUCAAAGAGGCCAAACACAUUGCUGAGGAGGCUGACCGCAAAUACGAGGAGGUGGCCCGUAAACUGGUGAUUGUUGAGGGUGAGCUGGAGCGUACAGAGGAGCGUGCUGAGCUGUCUGAGGGCAAAUGCUCUGAGCUUGAGGAAGAGUUGAAAACUGUGACCAACAACCUGAAGUCACUGGAGGCCCAGGCAGAGAAGUACUCACAGAAAGAGGACAAGUAUGAGGAGGAAAUCAAAGUUCUCACUGACAAACUGAAGGAGGCUGAGACUCGUGCUGAGUUUGCUGAGAGAUCUGUAGCCAAGCUUGAGAAGACCAUUGAUGACCUGGAAGAGAAACUCUCACAUGCUAAAGAGGAGAACCUCGAUAUGCACCAGAUGUUGGACCAAACCCUAAUGGAGUUAAAUAACAUGUGAAAAGCUGGUUCUCCCCACCUCUUCCCAUUUGGUUUUUUUGUUGUUGUUGUUGUUGUUUUGGUUUUUUUGUUUUCGUUGUUUGCACCUCGCUUGCCAUAAACCCUCCCCUGGCUCCACAGUGGAGAUCCAGUAUCCAUCCAGUGUCGGCUUGUCAUUGUACACCAUCCCAUCCACACCCUGUUUCAGUGAAACUCAUCUUGGGAGAAAAUCUUAGGAAGAGUAAAGCAUUUCUUAAAAUCAGCCCACAGUGAGAAACACUAGAAUCAGUACCGGCUGGUUUAUCACUGAAAUGACAUCUACAUCUACAUGGGGUCUUUUUUUUUUGACAAGUUAUCAGAUAAAAUAAUGUGACAUUUAUAACAAAGAUUUCUUUUCAGCAUGCUUUAGCCUGACAGUAAUGUCAUGAUGUACUUCCAUUUCAGUCUGGUUAUACACAUACUUUGUGGGGGGGGGGGGCUCCCAUAAGAAAGACAAAGUGGACGAAAAUUGCACUUAAUCUUGAAAUUAUGCACAUAAUUGUCAACAUAGUCUACUCAAGUCUUAAGCCAAGUUAAGUAAAGAUCCUUAAAAAGAGUUUAGUCCUUUUUUUUUUUUUUUAAGACAAGCUUCCUUGGAAGUAUAAGUUGUAUUAGGUCCAUAAGCAUGGUGGUGCUACUGUGAAAACACAGGUCCAGCAGUUUGUAGUCUGUGUGGUGAAUUAAAAAAAAAUCCUACAUUUCAUUUGGAUUCCUCUCCACUUAUUGGUUUAGUGCCAUUCUGUACCCUGAUCAGAAAGGGAUUUCUCUUUAGUACCAGUUUUAUUAAUUUAUUUUUCUUUAUGACUUAAACUCAAUACAAAAUGUACGGCAGCAUUUUUUUGGCGACUAUAUUUUGGGUUUCUUUCUGUGCUUUUGUCAAAACCUGUGGUACUUCCAUUAUGUCUAGAAACAUGGUCCAUUCAUAUCUGGUAGUGCCUCUUUUAUUUUACAGGCAUUUUAAAAAUGUACAUGUUUUAAACGUGUCUCAUAUCUGAAU